AUGGAUCCGGACUCGCAGAGGCGACGGGAAGAAUGCGAGCGAAAGGCGCGGCGCGGGGAGAUGGACCCCCGCUUGGAGUUCACCUUUCAGUUGCUAAUGGACGGAACCGGAUUGCCCAGACAUCAAAUUAUGGAUCACAUCUUCGAGGGCGAUAUGCUGGAUGAGAUUAAUCAACUCUUCCUGCCGAACAUGAGGAAUAAAUUAAUGUGGUUCUACCAGGAGGUGGAUGAACCAGAGCCACAGCCCAGUUCGGAUGUCCCGAAGCCUGGACCAUCGAGGGCGGGAAUGUCAAACAUUUCCAAAACGCCUCAAGGUACAACAUCGAGUGGACCAACCAUGAGAUACAAACUAUUUCUGACAGACGGAUGGAAUUGUGCCUUCUCUGGUGUCUGCAUCUAUAUGUUUCGCAUAAAUAACUCUAAGCAGUUGCCCGAAGAGGGCUUUCACAAGGAUUUAUACUGUGGCGUAAUUGAUUCACGUCGUGUGGGAUUGGUGGCGUCGGUGGAGAGAAUUGUGGAGUACAUCUUCAUGCAGGCGCUGGGCUUCCCCACUGAGGAUGAUGAGGAAAUAAAUCAGUUGCUCAUCAAGGGACAAUUGCUGCCCGGCCUGAGAUCAUUUUGCAGUGCUCUCCGGGUGUGUGAGAAAGUUUGCAACUACGUCAACGUCUUCGAGGAUAAUAUCCAUCAUUUUUCAGUCCAAUCAACUGUGAACGAGGUGAAGGAAUUGGCGACAAAUCAGGAAUUUUGCCAAAAUGCUGAAGAGCGUGUCAAGGCAUGGAUGAAAGGAAUUAAUGUCAAUAUACUGAUGGAAAGUGAACAACUCAGGCGUGAAAAUGAUUCAAGUGGCCCUCAGGAUGAGCUGGAGUAUUGGAAAUGUCGAGGAGCGCAAUUUUCCCAGCUCUUAUCGCAUUUACAGGAGAAGGAAGUUCAGUACACACUCACCACGCUGGGACUCUCUGGAUCGAAAGUGAUGAAAAUGUGGAAGGAGACUGAUCGGAAAAUAACGUUUUGCUACAACGAGGCGAGGGACAAUUCUAAAUUUAUCCAAUCAAUGGAGCAGUGCUGUCAUGCUCUCUAUCUUGAUGAUCCGGUCAACAUGAAGGAAUCCAUUCUUAGUCUCCUCCAGACCGUGAGACUUAUCUACAGUGUAUCACAAUUCUACAACACCUCAGAGCGCACUUCGGCUCUGAUGGUGAAGAUUACGAAUCAGAUGAUUGAGACGUGCAAAUCCUACAUCACAUGUCGUGGGAAGGAGACCAUCUGGUCACAGGAUAGAAAUCUAAUCAGAACUAAGCUUACUAAUUGCAUCAAGUUGAAUCACAUUUACCGAGAGACAUACUAUGCAGUUCGAGCCCAGCCAUUUCUCCCCAACCAGACACCGUUUGGCUUCUCAGAGAACUUUGUCUUUGGGAAAUUCGACACCUUUUGUGAGAGGCUGCAGAAGAUAAUAUCUAUGUUCAAUUUAAUUGACGACUACAAUCACCUCUUUGAGAGACGUUUGGAGGGUCUUCUGCUGGGGGAGGCACUCGACGAAGCGAUGAACAAUUUUGGAGAAGCGAAGAAAGAAGUGGUGUUCAAGAAAUAUGAUUACCUGGAUCACCGCAAUGCAGACUUCAACGUUGACUUUCAGAAUUUUCUCUCCAGAACCAACACACUCAAGGAGUCCAUUGCAUCGAUGAUUGAGUACAAUUUUGACACCGUGUGGGAAACUCCACAAGGCAUUCGAUUUCUUAUACGCUUCGAGAAGGUGAGCGAGAAAAUUCCUCUCACGCAAAUGGAAGAAAAAUACCAGAGAAUUCUCAAGUACUGCGAAAAGGAGGUGGAAAGGAUACUCAAGUUGUUCCGCAAGCAGCGCGAUGAUCCGCCUCUGCCUCGGAAUGUGCCACCCAUCGCCGGACGGAUCAAGUGGUGUCGCUCUCUGGAGUGCCAUUUGGCCGAACUGGUGUCGAGUGUGUCGGCUCAUCCCAUUCUCCAGAGUCUGCCCGCGACCAAAGAUCUGGAGAAUCGCUACAACUCCGUCAAGAUCAUCCUGUCGGAGUAUGAGCAGGAGAUUGUGUCCAUCUGGCUCAACCAGGACGUUACAGUGGCGGAUGCUUGUCUCAUUCAACCCGUGCUGGCUCUACAACACGACAGACUCUUUGUCAAUCUGCACUCAACGAUUCCACUGCUUAUUAGAGAGGCCAAGUGUUUGGCUAAGAUGAACAUUGAAUUGCCAAUAGUGGCAGCGACGCUUCUUGCCAAGCAAAAUCACUUCAGCACCAUACAAGAUUCACUAAAUAGUCUUAUCAAAAUGUUCCUAUCUGCUGUUAAGAAGGUGAAACUCGAGGUGAGGCCACUUUUUCUCCCUCAACUUGUGCGUCUUACAUCAAUGCUUCGUCCUGGAUUACAGUCAAUUAAUUGGACCGACCCAAAGUGGGUGGAGUUUUACGAGAACUGCAAAGUGGCAAUAACAACUUUUGAUAUCCUCGUGGCUCGAGUUCAUGAUAUUUAUGCCAACCGUAUUCUCCACGUCCUCAUGUCAAUGCAGGACGUUACUCUGCAGACGCUGCCUACAGACGAUGAAAUGUGGACAAUUGAGGAAUUCCUAGAGAACAAUGAGGAGGCUUGUCGACAGGCAGCCAUUGAGUUAAAUCGAAAGAGUCAAAUGGUGGCGGAGGCUGUGGAGGAGGUGCUGGAGUUGGUGCAGAAGGCUUCACAGCAAUUCAAGGAGAUGGUGGGCGCAGAGAACGACUUAAUGGCCGAUGAUGAGACCAAGAGCACUCCGUCCAGUAACAAAGAUGACGAAGCUGACAGUUCUCAAAACCAGCAACAGGAUUGGAGUAUCCUGUGGUCGUGUUUCGAGAAUCCUCUGUCGCUCCUAUCCUCACAGAAUGGUGGAUUGUCGAAAGGAAUGCAGGACAUGGUGCAUAAUGCCGUGGCGGAAAUGCGUCGCUACUACAGCCGGAAAGUAAUUGACGUCCUUAUAAGGGUUACUAGAUCGUCCCUAGACAUGUUAAGACGGCGUUUCGUGUCCGAAAUCGAUGGCGAGGGUUCCAGGAAGCCAGUGUUCUUGAUGAACGCUACUCUCAUGAUCCCAAAUGUGUCCAUAAGGCCCACCCUCGACGAAUUGCAGGAAUCACUUGUCCAAGCGGGGAAGAACAUCACCGGAGUGGCCAAGGGUGUGGCUCAAUGGUCAAGUGGGAAAGAUGCGACUGGAGGUUACUCACUGUCUGAGAAAAGGCAAAGUCGAAAUCUUCGGGAGGAUAGCAAGACAAGGAGGCGUAAAGUGUAUCGUCUGGUAUCGGAAGAAAAGCCGCAGAUGCCUCACAUGACUAAGAGCUUCUAUAGUUACAUCAUGGAUAACAAGGAAGUUGUGAAGACUCUUUCCUUACUCUCAACAUGUACGAGAAAUGUGAAGCAAGAUAUUCAAGGUUUCAUCAAGAGAUGGAAACCUUACCAUUUCCUGUGGAAAAAUGACAGGACUGCUCGACAACUGAUGGAGUAUGGGCUUCAUGAGUUUGAGUCGUCUCUUCGCUGUCUUGCGGACUUGGAUGCCAAUCUACUUAUAGAACCUGACAUGGAAUACUUUGGUCAGAGUAUUGCGAUCUCAACAGAGAAAUUGAAGUAUGGCCUGGCCAUUGAAAUUAAAUCGUGCACUCACAAGAUUGGUCAAGCGAUGAAGAAGAAGUACAAGAGGGAGAUGGAUUACGUGUAUGCAGUGAUGCAUGAGAUGGAGAGAAAGCUAGAUCGGCAAAUUCGGGAUCUCGACGAUGUGAGAAUGAUCAUGGAUACACUGGCCAAGAUUCGUGAACAGGAAGUGGAUAUGGAACUUAGGAUUGAUCCCAUUGAGGAGGCUUUCAACGUUUUAACCAAGUAUGAAGUGCAAGUGGAUAGAGAACAUUACGAUCAAGUGGACAACCUUCGGUACACGUGGCAAAAUCUCCAAGGCUUAGCUUUGCAAGCUCAGGUGAAACUAUUAGACAUGCAGCCUAGCUUUGAGUCUGACCUGAGGAAUAACCUGGACAAAUUCCGUCAAGAUAAAAUUGAGUAUGUGAAUGAAUAUAGAACUGCCGGUCCAAUGCAACCAGGACUGACGCCUAGAGAAGCUAGUGACAAAUUGAUACUCUUCCAAAAUCGAUUCGAUGGAAUGUGGCGUCGUCUUCAGACGUAUCAGAGUGGUGAGGAAUUGUUUGGUCUGCCCCAAACUGACUAUCCUGAACUGGGACAGAUCCGCAAGGAGCUCAAUCUAUUACAGAAGCUAUACAAACUCUACAAUGAUGUUAUCGAUCGUGUGAGCAGCUACUAUGACAUUCCAUGGGGUGAGGUGGAUAUUGAGGAGAUUAACAAUGAAUUGAUGGAGUUCCAAAAUCGAUGCAGAAAGUUACCGAAAGGUCUCAAGGAGUGGCCAGCCUUCCAUGCACUCAAGCGGACCAUUGAUGACUUCAACGACAUGUGUCCCUUACUGGAGUUGAUGGCCAACAAGGCGAUGAAACCUAGGCAUUGGCAGAGGAUUAUGGAAGUGACCAAGUAUACCUUUGAGUUUGAUAGUGAAGGAUUUUCGCUGAAAAACAUCUUAGAAGCUCCUUUGCUAAAGUACAAGGAGGACAUUGAGGACAUCUGUAUUUCAGCCAUGAAGGAGAAGGAUAUAGAAGCAAAGCUGAAACAGGUUACCAAUGAAUGGUCAGUGCAUGAACUGCAAUUUAUGACGUUCAACAAUCGUGGAGAAUUAUUACUCAGAGGAGAUACUACAGCAGAAACGAUUGGUCAACUAGAGGAUAGUUUGAUGGUUCUGGGAUCUCUCAUGUCCAACAGAUACAAUGCUCCAUUCAGAAAGCAAAUUCAACAGUGGGUUUUCGAUCUAUCCAAUUCUAAUGACAUCCUGGAGCGAUGGCUCCUUGUGCAGAACAUGUGGGUGUACUUGGAGGCGGUCUUCGUGGGAGGUGACAUUGCGAAGCAGUUGCCGAAGGAGGCGAAGAGGUUCUCCAAGAUUGACAAAUCCUGGCAAAAGAUUAUGCAGAGAGCUCAUGAAACUCCCGGAGUUGUAGCUUGCUGUGUCGGAGAUGAUCUCCUUAAACAGCUCCUGCCACACUUACAGGAGCAACUGGAGCUUUGUCAAAAGUCUCUUAGCGGCUAUCUUGAGCGCAAGAGAAUGAUGUUCCCACGAUUUUUCUUCGUUUCCGACCCGGCUCUCUUGGAGAUCCUCGGUCAAGCAUCAGAUUCACACACUAUUCAGAACCACUUGCUAUCCAUCUUUGACAAUACUCGUUACGUAAAGUUCCACGAUAUCGAGUAUAACAAGAUGAUGGCUAUUGUAUCCUCUGAAGGCGAGACCAUUCAGUUGGAUCGGGCAAUAAGAGCAGAAGGAUCAGUGGAAACAUGGCUGACAUCCCUUCUUGUCUCCUCUCAGCAAUCCCUUCACUCAAUCAUCAGACAAGCUCACACGAACAUCAACGAUCCCAAUUUCCAGUUCCUUCCCUUCCUGGAGAAAAUGCCGGCCCAGGUCGGUAUCCUGGGCAUUCAAAUGAUAUGGACCCGUGAUGCCGAGCUGGCUCUCAUGCAGGCACGACAUGAGAAGAAAGUCAUGUCAGAGACCAACAAUAAGUUCCUUGAACUCCUCAAUACACUCAUUGAUCAGACGACAAGGGAUCUCACGAGAAUUGAGAGGAUAAAAUUCGAAACUCUCAUUACUAUUCAUGUCCAUCAGAGAGAUAUUUUCGAUAUACUCUGCAGGAUCAAUGUGAGAUCAGCCAAUGACUUUGAGUGGCUCAAGCAAUCGAGGUUUUACUUCAAGGAGGAUCUAGACAAGACGUGGAUAUCAAUUACGGAUGUGACAUUCAAUUACCAGAAUGAAUAUUUGGGAUGCACUGAGAGAUUAGUCAUCACGCCGCUAACUGAUCGCUGUUACAUUACCCUUGCUCAAGCAUUAACUCUGAGCAUGGGGGGCAGCCCCUGUGGUCCUGCCGGUACAGGCAAGACGGAAACCGUGAAGGACAUGGGAAAAACUCUGGCAAAGUACGUAGUGGUUUUCAAUUGCUCAGACCAAAUGGACUAUCGAGGCCUUGGAAGAAUAUAUAAGGGUUUAGCACAGUCUGGAACAUGGGGAUGUUUUGACGAAUUCAAUCGAAUUGAAUUACCUGUAUUGUCGGUGGCGGCGCAACAAGUUGCAGUGGUGCUGACGGCCCGCAAAGAGAAGCGCAAAAACUUUGUCUUCACAGACGGUGACUUGAUUGAUAUGAAUCCCGAAUUUGGGAUAUUUAUCACUAUGAAUCCAGGAUAUGCGGGAAGAAAGGAGUUGCCCGAGAACUUGAAGAUUCAGUUCAGAACUGUAGCAAUGAUGGUCCCUGAUCGACAGAUCAUUAUCAGGGUGAAACUCGCAUCAUGUGGCUUCUUGGAGAAUAUCACGCUGGCCAGAAAGUUUUACACUCUCUACAAAUUGUGUGAAGAGCAGUUGACCAAGCAAGUGCAUUAUGACUUCGGUCUGAGGAAUAUUUUGUCUGUGCUGAGAACCCUGGGAGCUGCCAAGCGACAGAACAGCAAAGACAGCGAGAGCACCAUAGUGAUGAGAGUGCUGCGAGACAUGAAUUUGUCGAAAUUAAUAGACGAAGAUGAGCCGCUAUUUAUCUCCCUCGUUGCCGAUUUAUUCCCUAAUCAGGCCCUCGAGAAAACAACUUACCCGGACUUGGAGUCUGCAAUUCAGACGCAGGUGGAGGAGGCAGGAUUGAUUUUCCAUCCACCGUGGGUGCUAAAACUUAUUCAACUAUAUGAGACGCAGAAAGUACGUCACGGCAUUAUGACACUUGGUCCCGCUGGAGCGGGCAAGACAUCGUGUAUUCAAACUUUGAUGAAAGCUCUAUCCCAAUUGGGUGAUUCACAUCGUGAGAUGCGAAUGAAUCCUAAAGCAAUCACUGCAGCACAAAUGUUCGGGCGCCUGGAUGUGGCCACAAAUGACUGGACGGAUGGUAUUUUCUCUGCUCUCUGGAGGAAGACGCUCAAGAUGAAGAAGAGCGACCACGUGUGGUUGGUGCUUGAUGGCCCUGUGGACAGUAUUUGGAUUGAGAAUUUGAAUUCCGUGCUGGAUGACAACAAAACCCUUACACUGGCAAAUGGAGAUAGAUUGGCCAUGGCUUCCACUUGUAAGAUUAUCUUUGAGCCUCACAAUAUUGACAAUGCCUCUCCAGCGACGGUGUCGCGUAAUGGUAUGGUGUAUAUGAGUUCCUCAGGACUGGAUUGGAUGCCAAUCCUUCAGGCAUGGCUGUUGACAAGGAGUCCCAGAGAGAAGGCAGUUUUCCAGGAAUUGUUUGACCUCUCCUUCGCCGCUCUCUACUCUUGGGGCUCACAGAAUCUCAUUCUCAUGAUGGAGGUUCUGCAAUGCAAUAUUGUCAGCCAGAUGCUCAAUAUCUUGGAAGGUCUCGUGCCUGUCCACAAGGAGGAGGAGAACAAUGUGGCAAUGUCUACGACUGAGAGUUUGGAGGAGGAAAAUCCAGAGGAGCAGAAGCAAGAAGUGAAGGAUGAAGUCUGUACUCCUGAACACCUCCAUCGUCUAUACAUAUUUGCUAUGACUUGGGGAAUGGGGGCCUUCCUCAACACUGUUGAUCAGAGAAAAAUGGACGAGUUCGUCAAGUCACGAUUCACCACAAUGGAUUUCCCCACGGAUGAUAGAAAUCCGAAUGCCACGAUAUUCGACUUCUUCGUGACCGCCACGGGAGCGUGGCAAAAUUGGAGCACAUUGGUGACAAAUUACGUAUAUCCUGAGUUCUCCACUCCAGACUAUUUAAGCAUUCUCGUACCAAUAGCGGAUAAUGUGCGCAUAGAUUACCUCAUCAGCACAAUAGCCAACCAGGAAAAGGCGGUAUUGCUAAUUGGGGAGCAAGGUACGGCCAAGACGGUCAUGAUGAAGAAUUUUAUGAAGAAAACCAAUCCUGAAUCUUUUAUGGGGCGCUCAUUCAAUUUCUCCUCCGCCACGAGUCCAUAUCAAUUCCAGAAGACCAUCGAGAGUUACGUGGAAAAGCGCCUCGGCAAUACCUUCGGUCCUCCAGGUGGGAGGAAACUCAUUGUCUUCAUUGAUGACAUCAAUUUGCCACAAAUUAAUGAGUGGGGUGAUCAGAUUACCAAUGAGAUUGUGAGACAAACCAUGGACAUGAAAGGAUUUUACAGCCUCGAGAAGCCUGGCGACUUCACCAAUGUUGUGGACGUCCAAUUUGUGGCGGCAAUGGGUCUGCCCGGUGGCGGUAGAAAUGAUAUACCAUCGCGUCUAAAGAGGCAAUUUGCUGUAUUCAAUUGCAACAUACCCGAUGAUGCGUCCAUUGACAAGAUAUUCCGCGUAGUGGGUGAGGGUCACUACAACACGAAGAGGGGAUUUCAGCCAGAAGUGAGAAAUCUGGUGAGGCGCCUAAUCCCACUCACUCGACUUUUAUGGCAACACACGCGCAAUAAAUUACUGCCGACACCGGCCAAAUUUCACUAUGUUUUCAGCCUGAGGGAUCUCUCACGCAUAUGGCAAGGCAUGAUUGGCACCCUCUCCACCGUAAUCACGUCCGAGAGCGUCAUGGUGUCACUGUGGAAGCACGAAUGCACGAGGGUCUUCUCAGAUAGAUUCACCGUGGCCAGCGACAAGGAGUGGUUCAGCACAGAGAUUCUGUCGCUGGUGUGCUCGGAGCUCGGGGAGGACUACGUGGAAAUGGCAAAGCCGAAUCCUGUGUUUGUUGAUUUUAUGCGUGACGCACCAGAACCAACUGGUGAGGAGGGUGAGGACACCGAUAUGGAGCUGCCCAAAGUGUAUGAGCCAGUGUCGCAGUAUGACAUUCUCCGGGAGCGUCUUAUUAUGUUCCUAUCACAAUUCAAUGAGAUGGUGCGCGGCACUGGCAUGGAUUUGGUCUUCUUCCCUGAUGCCAUGCUUCACUUGGUGAAAAUAUCCCGCAUCAUCCGCCAUCCGCGAGGGAAUGUGAUGCUGGUGGGCGUUGGCGGAUCUGGAAAGCAAUCACUCACGAAAUUGGCAUCAUUUAUCGCAGGCUACAAAAUAUUCCAAAUCAACAUGACGCGAUCCUACAAUGUGGCCAAUUUUCUUGAGGAUCUGAAGCUGUUGUAUCGCGCAUGUGGUGUUCAGGGCAAGGGGACGACCUUCCUGUUCUCGGAUCUUGACAUCAAAGAGGAAGGUUUCUUGGAGUAUCUGAACAAUAUCCUCUCAUCGGGUGUUAUAUCCAACCUUUUCAACCGAGAUGAACAAUCAGAGAUUGUCUCUGAGCUCACACCAAUCAUGAAGAGGGAAAAUCAGAAGAAAACAGCCACGGCAGAGACUGUCAUGGAAUACUUCCUACAGAGGACAUGCCACAAUCUCCACGUGGUGUUUUGCUUCUCACCCGUAGGAGAGACCUUCCGUCACCGGGUUCUGCGCUUCCCGGCCCUCGUGUCUGGAUGCACUAUCGAUUGGUUCCAGCCGUGGCCGAAAGAUGCUCUUGUGGCAGUGGCCAAGCACUUCCUCUCGGACUUCGAGAUUGAGUGUACGAAGGAAGUGAAGUCGGAACUGGUAAAUGCCUUGGGAACUAUUCAGGAUGUCGUGUCAGAGACAUCCGUGGAUUACUUCCAACGCUUUCGGCGAGCUACUCACGUCACACCCAAGUCAUACCUAAAUUUCAUUGCUGGAUACAAGAAUAUUUACCAGCAGAAGCAGAAGGAGUUGGGCGAUGGCGUGGAGAAGAUGGAUACUGGCUUGGAGAAACUGGCCGAGGCGAGUGCUUCAGUAGAGAUUCUCAAGAAAGACUUGGCUGUGAUGGAGAAGGAGCUUGCCGAGGCAUCUCAGAAGGCAGAAAGAGUGCUCCUCGAGGUGACUGAGAGGGCCAUGCAAGCAGAAAUCGUGAAGAAUCAGGUGCAAACAGUGAAGGAGAAGGCCGAAGCAUUGGUAGCCAAUAUAGCUAUAGAGAAGGGUUUGGCCGAGGAGAAAUUGGAAGCCGCAAAACCGGCCCUAGAAGAGGCAGAGGCUGCUCUUAAUACCAUCAAACCUGCCCAUAUCGCCACCGUGCGAAAACUUGGUCGACCUCCUCAUCUGAUCAUGAGAAUCAUGGACUGUGUGCUCAUACUCUUCCAGAGGAAGGUGCAUCAGAUGAUUGCAGACACUGCUGCUCCUUGUCCAAAACCAUCCUGGCAGGAAUCGCUGAAGAUGAUGGCCAGUACGACUUUCCUGCUGCAACUUCAGAAUUAUCCAAAAGACACCAUUAAUGAUGAGAUGAUUGACUUUCUUCAACCCUAUUUUCGCAUGGAUGACUACAAUAUGGACACAGCGAGAAGAGUAUGUGGUGAUGUGGCAGGAUUAUUGUCCUGGACAAAGGCUAUGGCAUUUUUCCAUGGUGUAAAUAAGGAAGUCCUUCCUUUGAAGGCUAAUCUCACCCUCCAAGAAGCUCGUUUGAAAAUUGCAAUGGAUGACUUGGCGGCAGCGGAAAAUCAACUCGCCGAACGAGAGGCUGCUCUACAGGAAGUGAAGGAACAGUACGAUUCAGCCGUAGCUGAGAAACAGAGACUCACGGAUGCUGCAAACGUGUGCUUAAGAAAAAUGACCGCUGCCACAGCUCUUAUUAAUGGUUUGGGCGGAGAAAAGCACCGCUGGACACAACAGAGCAAAGAAUUUAAAAUUCAACUGGGUAAACUUGUGGGAGAUGUGCUUCUGGCCACAGGAUUUCUAUCAUACUGUGGUCCUUACAAUCAGGAGUUUAGGGCAAACUUGCUGAAGACUUGGAUGGGAAUUCUCAAAACUCGCAAUAUUCCCUACACUCACAAUCUCAACAUCAUUAACAUGUUGGUGGAAUCAUCGACUGUUUCCGAAUGGACCUUGCAAGGCCUGCCCAAUGAUGAGCUCUCUGUGCAAAAUGCCUUGAUUGUUACAAAGUCUAGCAGCUAUCCAUUGCUUUGUGACCCUCAGAACCAGGGAAAAUUAUGGAUUAAGAGCAAAGAGGACUGUAAUGAAUUGCAGAUAACAUCACUCAAUCACAAGUAUUUCAGAACCCACCUUGAGGACAGUUUGUCUCUCGGUCGACCACUCUUAAUUGAGGACGUUGGGGUGGAGUUGGAUCCGGUGAUUGACAACGUGCUGGAGAAGAAUUUUAUAAAGUCCGGAACCAUUGAGAAAGUGCUAGUUGGCGAUAAGGAGUGCGACGUUAUGCCGGGAUUUAUGUUAUACAUCACCACAAAGCUUCCCAAUCCUGCUUUCAGUCCUGAGAUUAGCGCCAAGACAUCAAUUAUUGAUUUCACAGUGACAAUGCGAGGCUUGGAGGAUCAGCUCCUGGGCAGGGUGAUUCUGAUGGAGAAGUCAGACUUGGAGGCGGAAAGGGUGAAUUUAUUUGAGAGCGUCAUGAAGAACCAACGGAGCAUGAAGGAAUUGGAGGCAAAUUUGCUCUCGAGAUUGACCUCAUCAGAAGGCUCUCUUGUGGAUGAUGAAGCCUUGAUUCAAGUGCUACAGGAAACUAAAACCACAGCCGAGGAAGUGAAUCAAAAGCUGAAAAUAUCUGAGGUAACAGAGAAGAAAAUUAUGGUGGCGCGAGAGGAAUUUCGUGCUGUGGCCAGUCGAGGCUCUAUCUUGUAUUUCCUCAUUGUGGAGAUGAGUAAUGUUAACAUCAUGUACCAGAAUUCUCUUAAACAAUUUCUCGUAAUAUUCGACAACUCAAUUACAAAAUCUGUGAAGAGCAGUAUUACAGAGGAGAGAAUUAACAUCAUUCUCAAAUACUUGACAUACGAAGUAUGGGCAUUCACCAGCAGAUCCCUCUAUGAGAGGCAUAAACAGCUCUUCACUCUCAUGCUGGCCAUAAAGAUUGACUAUCACAAGGGGAAUAUCAGUCACGAGGAAUUUAUGUCCUUCGUAAAAGGCGGUGCUUCAUUGGACCUCAAUGCUGUUACACCGAAACCAUUCAGAUGGAUUCUGGAUAUGGUAUGGUUGAAUCUCGUGGAGAUAAGCCAUCUGGGCACGUUCUCGGAUUUGCUGAAGAAGAUUGAGACGAAUGAGAAAGAGUGGCGCGUUUGGUAUGAGGCUGAGAAACCGGAAAUGGAGGAAAUUCCUUGUGGAUAUCAGAAUAAUCUGGAUGUGUUCAGAAAAUUGCUUCUGGUUCGGAGCUGGAGUCCUGAUCGUACCAUCUCUCAGGCGCGAAAGUACAUCGAGGAGUCACUGGGUCCGGAAUACGGAGAGAUGCAGAUUCUGGAUUUGGAGGCGACCUGGGAAGAGUCUGAGCCACGAACUCCACUUAUUUGCAUCCUCUCAAUUGGCUCAGAUCCAUCAACACAGAUCUCAAAUUUGGCCAAAUUAAAGAGCAUUCCCCUCAAAGCCGUCUCGAUGGGUCAAGGCCAAGAGUUUCAUGCACGCAAGCUGAUAACUGACUGCAUGGGGUCAGGUGGGUGGGUGUUGCUGCAAAACGCUCAUCUAUCAAUUACCUUUUGUGCUGAAAUAAUCGACAUUCUGGUGGAGACGGAGCACGUUGAGGAGACUUUCCGAUUGUGGGUGACAACAGAGGUUCACGAGCAGUUCCCCAUUGGUCUCCUCCAGAUGGCCAUUAAAUUCACAAAUGAGCCCCCACAGGGGAUUAGGGCCAGCAUGAAGAGGAGUUACCAGACAUUUACUCAAGAUUUCCUGGAUUACACAUCGGCACCGCAGUGGCCGCCGCUUCUGUACACAAUCGCCUUCCUCCACACUGUGGUGCAGGAGCGUAGGAAGUUCGGGCCGCUCGGGUGGAACGUCCCAUAUGAGUUUAAUCAAGCGGAUUUUGCCGCCUCCGUACAAUUCAUCCAGAAUCACUUGGACGAAAUGGAUCCGAAGAAAGGAGUGUCUUGGCAAACACUGUGUUAUAUGCUGGGCGAGGUUCAGUACGGUGGCAGAGUCACGGACGACUUUGAUAAACGCCUCCUGACCACAUUCACCCAAGUGUGGUUCUGCGAAUCCCUCUUGAGUAGCAGCUUUGAGUUUUACAAAGGUUACAAGGUCCCAAUGACACGCAAUUUGCAGGGUUAUGUGGAUUACAUCAACUCCCUACCAUCAUCUGACACGCCAGAGGUGUUUGGUUUACACCCAAACGCCGAUAUCACAUAUCAGAUUAACACGGCCAAGGGGAUAUUGGACACAAUUCUCUCCGUGCAGCCCAAAGAGGGUGGCAGCCAGGGCGGGGAGUCGCGGGAGAACAUUGUGUAUCAAUUAGCGGAUGAUAUGUUGCGCAAACUACCGCCCGCCUACAAUGCCUUUGAGGUGAAGGAGGCUCUCCAGCGGAUGGGAGUGCUCUUGCCCAUGAACAUCUUCCUCCGCCAGGAAAUCGAUCGAAUGCAGCGUGUAAUUAAAACCGUGCGUUCCAGCCUCACCGACCUGAAAUUGGCCAUCGAUGGCACUAUCGUGAUGAGUCAGUACCUCAGGGAAUCAUUGGAUGCCAUGUAUGACGCACGCAUCCCGGACAAGUGGAUGAAGGUGUCGUGGGAGUCCACAACUCUCGGAUUUUGGUACACGGAGCUGCUGGAAAGGAACACGCAAUUUCGACACUGGUGCAACAGCGACAGGCCCAAAGUGUUCUGGAUGACGGGAUUCUUCAAUCCACAAGGCUUUCUCACCGCAAUGCGACAGGAGGUAACUCGAGCGCACAAAGGAUGGGCUCUGGACUCCGUUGUGCUCCAGAAUCAAAUAACGCGAUUCAACAAGGAAGACGUCUCUGAGCCACCAGUUGAGGGUGUUUACGUACAUGGAUUGUUUCUCGAAGGAGCAUCUCUGGAUCGUCGUAGUGGCAAAUUAAUAGAGUCAAAACCAAAAGUUCUCUACGAACAGAUGCCAGUGACAUACAUUUAUGCCAUAAACACAACAGCCGGAAAGGAUCCGCGACUCUAUGAAUGCCCCAUUUACCGAAAGCCCCAGCGCACGGACCAAAAGUACGUGGGCUCAAUAGACUUUGAAACGGAUUUCAAUUCAAGACAUUGGGUACUUCGCGGCGUGGCUCUGCUCUGCGAUAUUAAGUGAACAAUGAUUUGGGAAUUUGGCAAGUAUGUCUUCGUACUUUGUGGCCACAAGUGAGCAAAAAGUUUUGCAAUAAUUUCCAAUGAUACACCAGCUUUUAGGAAGGUUUUUCAAGCCUACGCAUUCGAGCAUACUUUGCAAACAAUCUCUGCUGCUGAAUAAAAAGUUUCGCUUUACACCUGCUUACAGAAAUAAGACAAAUAAAUACAG